AUGUUUCCAUAAAUAAUGUAUUUAAUAACCUUACCCAUCUUUCACAUUCAGAUUAUUGUUCAUUACUCCCAAAAAACCAUUUCAAAGGAACUGCUAACAAAUUUGCAAAGCUUGGGGAUUGCUCUUUACAAGGCUAAGACCACAUCAGCUUUUGCUUUGGCAGCUUUUAAAUCCAAACAGUUGCGCAAGGUACUGAUCAACCGCUCUUGCUUGGAGUUGGACAAGGAAUGCAAAAAAAUUACAAGGAGAAAAACGUCAGUAUUAAAAUGCAGUUCUCUAGAAGAUCUGAAGAAAUUUAAAUGGUCUAAUCUAAUGAAAGAGUGGAAAAGGGAGGCACCUAUUCUGUACAAGGUUCUAAGGGCAAUUGCAGUGUCAUCCCAGUAUUCCCAGAAGAAAAUGCAAUCACUUAAGCCUAUAAUCGGAUCUGCUGGUGCAAUGCUAUUGAAGGCAAGAAAUGCGCAAAUGUCUGCUGUUCAUCAUCUUGUUGGUCUUUCUCUCUUCCUUGGUCGUACAAGAAAAAAGGGUUUCAGUCGACUUCAGAAGCUAGGCAUGUGCAUGAGUAGGAAGAGCACUGAUAGAAAGAUCAAAGAGGCUGCACAAUACUACCAGAAGAAAGUCAAGUCAUGGAGAGCUUCCAUAGAAAUGGCAAGAAACACACCAAACUCAGAGUCCUCAAUUUCAUCUCAAAAUCAACAACAGGUACAGUUUUAA